AUGGACGGACCCGAGCCUGAAUCUACCCCCUUCGAUGCUAUUACCACUCAGAGCAAUCGAUUGGCACGCCAAUAUCAAGCCUAUCUCGAUAAAUCCACCCCUUAUACACCCUAUCGUUGGAUCGCGACCGGCACACUGCUCCUUCUCUUCUUCCUGCGCAUAGUAUUUGCCCAGGGCUGGUACAUCGUCGCCUACUGCCUCGGAAUAUACCUGCUCAAUCUCUUCCUCGCUUUUCUGCAACCCAAGUUCGACCCUAGCUUAACCCAGGAUGAAGGAUUGGAAGAUGGCGAGUCUGCUCUACCCACCAAGCAGGACGAUGAAUUUCGCCCCUUCAUCAGAAGACUACCCGAGUUCAAGUUCUGGCACUCGGCGACACGGGCCAUCACCAUCAGCUUUGUAUGCAGUUGGUUCGAGAUUUUCAACCUGCCCGUGUUCUGGCCCGUUCUGGUCAUGUACUGGCUGAUUCUGUUUUCCUUGACGAUGAGACGGCAAAUUCAGCACAUGAUCAAAUAUCGAUACGUUCCUUUCUCAAUCGGUAAGGCAAAGUACAGCGCCAACAAGUCGUAG